GAUGUGGAGACCGUAUGCACUCUGGGUGUGGGCACGGCUUUCGGGGAAUCAGUGUUGGGCGACGGCAGUCACUCGCACUCCAUCAUCACUCAAGAGCCGUGUACUCUACUCCGUGUCAAACGGCUGGACUUCCAGGACCUCUGGAACCAUAAGUCACAUCUCAUGCAAGAGAUUGUGGCCAACUGUUACGAUAACAAAUCCGGUGCC